AUGGAAAUCAGGAUGAAAAGGAUGAGAAUGAGGAUGAGGGAAAGGAUGAUGAGGGAUGAUGAGGGUGAAAAGAAUGAUGAGGGAACGCAUGAUGAGGAUAAAAAAGAGGACCAGGAGGAAACGUAUGAUGCGGAUAAAGAGGAGGAGGACAAUGAGGGAAAGACAGUUUCCCCUGUUAGACAUGCCGAUGAUGUUGAGGAUGCAGCCGUAGUUGCUGGAUUGAUGGAUCUCACAGAACAAGUGUUUGAACAGCCAAUGACAGACAAAAGUUCAAUUGGAGUUGAAGAGAUUCCAAAAGCCAAGUACACAUUUACACGGGGAAGAAAAAGAGGUUCCACAUCGAGACGUGUAAAUAUAUAUAAUCCAAUGCGAACAGAGUGUCAAUCACAAGAAAGAAGCACCAACCAAAAUAUUGAUGGUCCUUGGCCAAUCAAUUUAAAGAGGUCGUAUUCGACUCUUUGGAGACAAGGAUUUGAAGCAUGGGUAAGAAACAGGGCUGAGGAUACAUCUUAUUUGGUUGUUGGUGGAAAGAAGUUAUACAAAAAUUGGUUUAUCAACGCAAUGACACCCGAUUACUGGUUGACAGACCAGCAUAUGGACGUCGCAAUGUACCUCCUCAUGAAGAGGAUCAAGCAAUACCCUGCCAUAUUCAAGAAGAAGGUUGUGCUGUUGGACACUAUAUUCACUGUAUCAGUUGAAUCCCACUUUAAUGAGUUCACUAAAGAUCCUCAUAAUGUUGGAGAAUGGGACAAACAUGAAGUCUUUGAGCACUAUAUUUCUGGAAAAAACCCUGAAGGGUCCAUACCAUUGAAUGGUGUAGAUUACAUUUACUUUCCCAUGAACUGGAGAAAUAUCCAUUGGGUUGCAAUUGAGGUUGAACAAGGAGGAUUGCAAUAA